CCCCCUCCCCUGCGGUCCGCACCCGGCUCCCACCGCGAAGGCGAGAUGGAGGUUGAUAUUUGCAAACAGGAGAUGCUCCAGAAGAAGAAGAAUGCUGUUUUGGUGGAUGGGGUCAUCCUAAAUGGUCCAAUAAUGGACUCAAAAGCAGGAGAGAAGUUUGUGGAAGAGGCCUGUAAGAUUAUAAUGGAAGAAGUCAUCCAGAAAGCUGAUGAUGUAACAGAAAAGGUUUGUGAAUGGCAAGCCCCUGAGACACUGAAGCAGAUUCUUGACCUGGAAAUGAGGGAUACUGGAGAAUCUCAUCAGAAACUCUUGCAGCUCUGCCGGGAUGUUAUACAAUAUAGCGUCAAAACUAGUCAUCCAAGAUUUUUCAAUCAGCUGUAUGCUGGAAUAGAUUAUUACUCGUUAGUGGCUCGUUUCAUUACAGAAGCACUGAACCCAAGUGUAUAUACAUAUGAAGUAUCUCCUGUGUUUCUGUUGGUGGAAGAAGCAGUCAUCAAGAAAAUGAUUGAGUUCAUAGGCUGGGAAGAAGGUGAUGGUAUAUUUAAUCCAGGUGGCUCUGUUUCUAAUAUGUAUGCUAUGAACUUAGCAAGAUACAAAUUUUGUCCUGAGAUAAAGGAAAAAGGGCUUUCAGGUUUGCCAAGACUAGUCCUGUUCACUUCAGAAGAGUGUCAUUACUCCAUGAAGAAGGCAGCCUCCUUCCUGGGUAUUGGUACAGAGAAUGUUUACUUCAUCAAAACGGAUGAAAGAGGUAAGAUGAUACCUGAGGAACUGGAGAAACAAGUCCAGCGGGCCAGGAAAGAGGUGAGAGGGGGAGAGCAUGAAGGAGAGAGGAGGAGGAGUGCUUCUUGGGGUGGCUCAGCUUUGAUAUCAAGGAAGCAUUGCAGACUUCUUCAUGGCAUCCACAGGGCUGAUUCUGUUGCCUGGAAUCCCCAUAAAAUGCUGUUGGCAGGAAUCCAAUGCUGUGCUCUUCUGGUGAAAGACAACUCUGGCCUCCUGAAGAAGUGUUACUCUGCCAAGGCUGCAUACCUGUUCCAGCAGGACAAGUUCUACGAUGUCAGCUAUGACACUGGUGACAAGUCCAUUCAGUGCAGCAGGCGUCCAGAUGCGUUCAAAUUCUGGCUGAUGUGGAAAGCAUUGGGAACCACAGGCCUGGAGGAGAGAGUAAACAGGGCACUGGCUUUGGCUAGAUAUCUAGUGGAAGAAAUUAAGAAAAGAGAGGGAUUCCAGCUUCUUUUGGAGCCGGAGUAUGCAAACGUUUGCUUUUGGUACAUUCCACCAAGCUUAAGAAGAAUGGAGGAUGGACCUGAAUUUUGGCAGAAGCUACACCAGGUUGCUCCUAUAAUUAAAGAAAGGAUGAUGAAGAAGGGCAGCAUGAUGCUUGGGUACCAGCCUCACCAGGGCAAAGUCAACUUCUUCCGCCAGGUGGUGAUCAGCCCGCAUGUUAGUCGAGAAGACAUGGACUUCUUGCUGGAUGAAAUUGAACUGCUUGCAAAGGACUUGUAGCUGUAGCUCCACAGCACCAGGCGCUGCUCACAUGUGAUAUUUAUGGAGAGCAGCAUUCUGGUGCUACUUUGUGAAAUGUAGCAAAAAGCUUGACAUAUAGUUUGGAAACUGUCAUUUUACAGAGUGAUGUUGAGAGCUUUGCAGGUAGAACACCCCAUUCACAGGAAAGUAUUUGCUGAUGGCAAAUCAGCUGAGUGGCCAGAAGUAGGCCGGUGCUUGCAGCACCACUGCCAUUCUGGGAAGUGUUUCCUCAAGAAGGGAGCACUUCUGAAAAUGGUGUCUGUGUCCCAGGGAGGGCAGCUAUUUAUGGGGUGCCUGUGCACAGUGUAGCUCAAACUGGUCACUUACCUAUGCAGGCAAUUCCUCCAAAGUUACUCUUAGGAGUGGAUUUAGCUCAGUGAGCCUUAAAAUGCUAGUUAAUACUCUGUCUAUUCUGUCAAUAUUUUACUUUGGUAUGUGUUUAAGGGUAGACGCCUGGUUUGUAAUCACACUGAUAGGACUGGAAAUUGUGGACUUACAUGAAGAGUUCCUCAAGGUCACUAACUAGGUGGAUUGCCCAGGUUUUCCCCUUUGAGCACAGGCAGACAUCAGAACGGGGCUUGGUGGGGUUGUGCAGUCACCAUCCCUGGCGGUUUGCAGGACUCCCCUGCACAAAUCCCCAAGCAACCAGUAUUGACCCUGCUUUGAGCAGGCUGAACUAGAUGACCUAUUAAGGUCCCUUCCAACCUCCAGGAUUUUGUGAUUCUAUG